UACCAACAUGCUCAAUAUAAUGUCCUAAAGCUCUGUAUAGCUGCAGUUAUCUUAUGUUACGGGUAUAGUGUUUUGCACUGGACUGAAUCAGCUUUUCAUAAACCCAGCAGGAGAUCACUGAUCAUGACGUCACUGGGUGGAAGUAGUUCCUCAACCACAGAGUACACUGUGAGAGUCCCCAAAAAUACCACCAAAAAGUACAAUAUAAUGGCUUUUAACUCGGGGGAUAGAGUCAACUGUUCCAGCUGGACACAGGCUCGUAUGGAAAGAGACAUGAGUGCUCGGCGAAUAUAUGGGGAGGAGGAGACACCGGAGAGUGGCGCAGGUAGCGAGUUUGGCAAAAAACAGCGGGAGGAAGCUCGGCGAAAAAAAUUUGGAAUUGUUACCCGAGAGUUCAAAGUGGAGGAUCAGCCAUGGAUCCUGAAGGUCAAUGGCAAAGCUGGCAAGAGGUUAGAAAACAGGUUACUCUUCUUUAAGAUUACGAAAAAAGCCACCGGAAAAGGGAAAUCAAAGAAGAGGAAGCAAAAGAGCAAUGAUAAGGAAGCCCUUGAAGACAGUGACGAUGGAGAUUAUGAGGGUCUGGAAGUGGAUUACAUGUCAGAGGAAAGCAGGUCAGCUGCUGCCAGCAAACUGGAGCAAGGGAAGAGACAAAUCCAGACUGCAGGUACCGACUCUCCAGCGGCCAAAAGGCUCAAGAUGGAGCCCAGCAGUCAGAGCCCUGUCCCCUCUGGGAAGAGCACACCUCAACCWCCAUCUGGCAAAUCCACUCCAAGCUCAAGUGACGUGCAGCUGACGGAGGAAGCUGUGCGCCGCUACCUGAUCCGUAAGCCGAUGACCACCAAAGACUUGCUUAAGAAGUUCCAGACCAAGCGCACAGGUCUGAGCAGCGAGCAGACGGUCAACGUGCUCGCUCAGAUCCUGAAGCGUCUCAAUCCAGAGCGCAAGAUGGUCAAUGACAAAAUGCACUUCUACCUGACAGAGUAAGCAGCCAAACUGCGGUAGGAAUUAUAACAAAACCAUAGUAAAGAAGUGUUUUUCCUGAUCCCCGGACAGAAAGUGUAACAAAUCUUGUGCUCGCUUACACAUGCUGCACCAGCUCUGUCAUCAGCUGUGUGAGGAGUAGAUUUACUAAAAUAUUUUUGUUGAACUUUGUUAAUGUAGAUGAGCCUGAACUCACGGUAAUGUUUUAGUAAACACAAUGUUUUCAAUUGCAAGUAGAAAAUUAGUCGAUCUUUUUUUUUUCUAAGUCAAGACUUUUAUAAUAAAAUGUAAACUUAA